AUGAUCGAAGCCCUCCCCCCACCAUACCUCUCCUCCAAAGAAACUACUUCCUCCCCAUACGACCCCACCUCAACCUCCCCUUUCCCCUCCGAAGAACCUACAUACGAGUACUCAGUCUCACGUCGGUACUCUUCUCGUCUCCGACGACUCCUCCUACAACGGUCAUCCAGCCGUGGUGUUUAUCUAACACUACACAUCCCCCACACUCUCAACAAUUGCAAACUGAUCUCGAUCGAGUCGGCCUCUUCCACUUCCUCUUCAUCUUCCACAUCCAGCUGUGACAGCAGUGGAAGUGAAGAUAACGCUAGUAUUUCAACUGCAGAUACAGAUUACGAAGGGAUGAACGAAAAUCUAAUCCACUACCAAUCCACCAACACCAAUUACGAAAAACAACCAUUGCUAACAUCGCCAUCUUCGUUGCCAUUUAUCGAGGAUCUUGAAGCUGGUACUUUGGUUAUCAAACCUUCUCGUUCUUCUUUGAAGUCUCACAAUGGACAUAGAGUACUUGGUGGGAAGUGCAAGAAGUCCAAGAGGGUGAAGUUUAAGAAGGACCCAAAGUAUAGACAUAGAGACCGUUUGGCUUAUGGCUAUAUUGGUGAGGAAGAGAAGGAGACUAGUUGGUUGACUUUCUUCUUACUCUUACUUUUGGUGUUUACCAUGGUUUGUGGAGCUGGUGUCUUUAUCGCCUGGGCUUUGGGAUUCGCUGGUGGAAAAGCGGUAGCUGCUGCAGCUGGUGGAUUACACACCGGAAUCAUUGCUGCCGCAGCUGCUGGUCCCGGUGCUAUCCCUGUAAACGCCGUACCAGUUGUAGCAGCCGGUAGUGCACCAGUUGUUCAAGAGGUUAAUGGCGUACCAAAGAAAGAAGGUGUUACCAAGAGAAAAUUGGAGAAGAGACUUUUGGACGGUGUGAGGGAAAGGCUAAGGUUGAGACUUGGUGGUGUAGCUAUUGCUCCCGAGAAGAGAGAUGCUUCUCCGGAGGAAGUUAAGGCUGCACCUGUUGGAAGACAUUAUUAUAAGAGGAGUCCGGUUCAUGAGGAAAAUCAUGAAGGUGGUGAGGAUGCGAGUUCGAAUAAGAGGAAGCAUAAAAGGAGUAUGGGGCAUGAGGAGUAUGUGCAAAGUGCGGAUAUGGUGUUUUAA